AUGAGUGCCAAGUCAGCCAUCAACAAAGAGGUGUUCACACCCCACGAUGAGAAGAUGCUGGUGGCUGUGCAGGUGAAGAGGAGGACCAAGAAGAAGAUCCCCUUCCUGGCUACUGGAGGACAGGGAGACUACAUGACCUUCAUCUGCCUCUCAGUGACGAAUAAGAAGCCGUCCCAUGUGUCCAUCACCAAGGUGAAGCAGUUCCAGGGCUCAUUGUCCUUCAGUAAGAGGUCAAUGUGGACCAUCGACCAGCUGAGGCAGGUCAACGGCUGUGACCCCAACAGAGACUGUCCGGAGUUUGACUUGGCGUUCGACAAUGCCUUUGACCAGUGGGUGGCUGGUUCGGCCGGCGAGAAGUGCACCUUUAUCCAGAUCCUCCACCACACUUGCCAGCGCUACAGCUCUCAGAGCAAGCCAGAGUUUGUCAACUGUCAGCCCAAACUGCUGGGAGGUAACAGUAUACUCCACUCGGCAGCAGACAGUGUGACCAGCGCUGUACAGAAGGCCAGCCAGGCGCUGAACGAGCGAGGGGAGCGCUUAGGCAGGGCUGAGGAGAAAACAGGGGAGAUGAAGAACAGUGCUGAGCAGUUCGCCGUCACUGCACACAAGCUGGCCAUGAAGCAUAAGUGUUAA